UAUGCCGAGGUGUCCCACUGGUCAGCGCGCACUUCCUGUCCAUUGCGCGCGGCAAACACGGUUUGCUUUACUGAAUGCCCGCUCUAUAUCAAACAAGGGACUUUAUCUGGGAGACUUGUUCACAAACGGAAGUCUUGAUUUCAUGGCCCUCACUGAGACGUGGCAGCGGGAACAGGAAUACUAUCAUUUAAAUGAACUGUGUCCUCCGGACUGCUCCGUACUUGGAACUCCACGGGUUGCGCGGCGAGGAGGCGGCCUCGCACUCAUCCACAGAAACUGCUUUCGCUGUAGGCUUACGAAGUCGGAGCCUUUCAACUCAUUUGAGCUUCAAAUGACAAAGGUUGGAAAUACUGACUUCUUUUAUUGUAUUUUAAUUUACCGACCUCCCGGUCCUGCACAAAAGUUCUUAGACGAGUUUUCAGAUUUUUUAUCUACGAUUAUUAAAUUAGAUAAAGUUUUAAUUCUUGGUGAUUUUAAUUUCCACAUUGACGAUCCCUUUUGUAAUGCAGCGUCUGAGUUUUUAACACUUACAGACUCUUUUAAUUUAAAGCAACAUGUUUCUGGUCCUACACACAAAAAAGGCCACACCUUAGAUCUUGUUUUCUCCUUUGGCCUAGACAUAAACUGCCUGAAUGUUGUGGAUAUUCAUGUGACUGACCAUUGCUGUAUAUACUUUAAUGUGUCUUGUAAUGUGGUCAGUGAUGCUCAUACAGUGGUGUCCAAAAGGCGUAUUAUAAAUCAAAAAGUUAUUGAAAAUUUUUCAGAUUUCUUUCAGCCCAAAUUCUUUGAGGAUUAUACUGAUGCAGAACCCCUUGUUAAUCACUUCAAUGACCAUUGCCUUUCUGCUCUGGACAUAGUGGCCCCUGUAAAGCACAAAACAACUUCUCCUAAAAAUCCUUGUCCCUGGUUAAAUGAGGAAAUUGCUUCCUCUAGGAGAAUAUGUCGUAAGGUAGAGCGUUUGUGGAAAUCCACUAACUUGGAAGUGCACAGACUACAUUUAAAGGAGCUUAUUGUUUUUCUAAACGAAAUGAUGAAGCAGGCCAGAUCUAAGUAUUUUUUUUAAUCUUGUAAACCAGAAUAAGAGAAACCCUAAAGUUGUCUCUGAUACUAUUCAG